AUGGCCAAGAUCGUCCGCAUCACAUUCCUGCUGCGAAAGCGCGGCGACCUGGUCAGAAGAGCAUCCAAAGAUAUGGCUGUCUGUCCCCAUCGUCAAGCAGAAUCUCGGUACUCUCAGUUCCACGCUGAUGAGAAGCUUGACCUCUCGGGAACCGGCAUGCCGCCUGUUGCGCCUUUUGAUGGGGCUGCUACCAUGUGGGCUAAGAGCCUCGAGGAUCUUCAUGCUAUCUUUAGUGAUCCCGAGUAUAACCGGAUCGUUGUCCCGGAUGAGGAGAAGUUCCUUAAGCGCGCCGAAGCCGUUCCAAUUAUUGGUUGGGAUGAGGUUAAAUUUGUGAAGGAGGGUUUGUCUGGAGGUACAGAGUGA